GAAAGUGUACCUUAAUUUCUUCUUCUUCUUAAUCUUCUUCAAUUUUUUCUUCUUUAAGAGAAAAAACAAGGAGUUAAAAAAAAAAGGCCUCUUUUUUUCUAUUCAUGGGAUUCUUCCGCAACGUAUUCGUAGUGUUGCUCUUGGUCAACGUGGCCUUUUUGGGUUACGACCACCUCAAUGGAGGCAACAUUGCUCUCAACCUUGUCGACAAUGCAAAGGGACUCGAUGCAAACAAAGUUCAGGUCCACUUGCACACAGCUCUGAAUGAAAUCAAAUCGACUACCCCCCAGAAGAUUGCCGGACACGUCAACGAGGCAUUUGCCCAACUCAAGGAAUUCAACUCGCCCCAAGACGUCCUCACCUACCUUCGUGACAAAACCGCCCCUGUUGCAAAGGCAACCGUGACAAAGGAAGGCUCUGUUUCUGUCCUGACCCAGGACAACUUUGCGUCUGCCAUUGAUGGAUCCAAGCCUGCUCUUGUCGAGUUCUAUGCUCCCUGGUGUGGCCACUGCAAGACUCUGGCUCCUAUCUACGAACAGCUCGGCGAGGCAUUUGCUCACGCCGACGACGAGGUUAUUAUUGCCAAGGUAGAUGCAGACAACCACCGUGAUUUGGGAGCCAAGUUUGGUGUCCAGGGAUUCCCGACCCUAAAGUGGUUCCCCAAGGGCGUCACUUCUCCCGAAGGUGUUGAGGAUUACCGUGGUGCCCGUGAUCUUGCUGGCCUGUCUAGCUUUGUACGGGACAAGACCGGCCUUCGCCCCAAGAUCAAGUCUACCAAGUCCGAGGUUACUGUCCUGACCACCAAGAACUUCCAUUCGGUUGCCUUGGACCCCAAGAAGAACGUGUUGGUUGAGUUUUAUGCUUCGUGGUGUGGUCACUGCAAGACUCUGGCUCCUAUCUACGAAAAGGUUGCCACUAUCUUUGCCAACGAGCCCAACUGCCGAGUCGCAAAGAUUGAUGCUGAUGUUGAGAAGGACAUUGGUGCCGAGUUUGACAUUUCUGGUUUCCCUACCAUCAAGUUCUUCCCAGCAGGCGCUACUGAGCCUAUUGCUUAUGAAGGUCCCCGCACCGAGGCUGGAUUUGUUGAUUACCUUAACAAGCAUUGUGGAACCCGCCGUACUGUUGGAGGCGGACUUGAGCCCGAGGCUGGUCGUAUUGGUGCUAUGGAUGCUUUGGCUAUUGAGUUCACUGGUGCUUCCAAAGAUAUUCGUGAGCGUGUCUUUAAGGAAGCUGUUGAAUUGGCCAAGGAAUUGAAUGACAAAUAUGCUUCAUACUACUCCAAGAUUAUGGCCAAGGCCGUCAAGCAGGGUGAUGCCUUUAUCCAGACUGAGAAGACUCGUCUUCAAAAGAUCACAAAGUCCAACACUAUUACUCCUGCUAAGCUUGACGAUUUUACCAUUCGUCAGAACAUCCUUGCUGCCUUUGACAAGCAAGCCAAGCCAGUAAAGGAUGAAUUGUAAUAUGUAUAUUAAAUAUAUAUAUAUAGGAUGGGAUCUUUCUUUUGUUUUAUAUAUAUAUAUAUAUAUCACUAUUAUAUUAUUUUCUUCUCUUUAUCUUCAUUUUCUUCUCAACACAUUUGAUACACACUUUACAAUUCACACUUCACAUAUACACUUUACACACACACAAGGUUCACUACCAAAAUCUCUUAUCUUCCUGUCCCUCCCAACCUUAUCCCCUUUUUUUCGUACAAUUUUCCUUUUCAUACAUCACCUUUACCUCCCACAAAAAAAACAUAUAAAACAAUAACCAGAAUAAAAUGAAUUCUAUCAUUAACCCUUUAAAC